GGUAUAUCUAAUCAGCAACGAACCUCGGCAAUUUGGUCUCUCCGCACCCAAAAAGGCAAGGAGUCCGCGGUUAAGCUGUGCUUCACCUGACCAUCCGGCCAACUUAUCUUCUACAUAACUCAGCGUAUCGACGCAUUCUGGUAUUCUCUUUUUCACCAGAGUCAUCGAUUCGUCAAGAUGCCAUUCAAUACGGCCUUGACGCGGAAACUGGGCAUCACCGUUCCUGUCGUCCAGGGUGGUAUGCAAUGGGUUGGAUACGCAGAGCUCGCCGCAGCAGUUAGCAACGCUGGCGGACUAGGAAUUCUCACAGCCCUCACCCAACCCUCCUCCGAAGAUCUCCGCAAAGAAAUCCGCAGAUGCCGCUCUAUGACCAAGAACCCCUUCGGCGUAAACAUAACCCUUCUUCCCGCCCUCGUGCCGCCAGACUAUGCCGCCUACGCACAAGUCAUCAUCGACGAGGGCAUCAAGAUCGUCGAAACAGCAGGCAACAACCCAGGCCCCGUCAUCGAGAAGCUCAAGAGAGCCAACACAACUAUUCUGCACAAGUGCACGACUGUCCGACACGCCAAGUCCGCUGUGAAGCUGGGCGUUGAUUUCCUGUCCAUUGACGGGUUUGAAUGCGCGGGUCAUGUUGGUGAGAGUGAUAUUACGAAUUUCAUCUUGCUUAGUCGUGCGCGCCAGGAACUUAAGGUUCCGUUUAUCGCGUCCGGUGGGUUUGCUGAUGGACAGGGGCUGGCGGCUGCGUUGGCGCUGGGCGCGGAGGGUAUUAAUAUGGGGACGAGAUUCAUGUGUACAGUUGAAUCGCCAAUCCACCAGAAGGUCAAGGAGACGAUUGUGAAUUCCCAGGAGACUGAUACCGCGCUGGUGCUGCGCCGCUGGAGGAACACCAGCCGACUAUUCAGCAACAAGGUGUCGCGGGAAGCGUUGAAGGCGGAGCAGGAGAGCAAGAGCGGGGAAUUUAGCGAUGUCGCUCCAUUUGUCAGUGGUAAGCGUGGACGUGAGGUGUUCUUGAACGGUGAUGUGGAUUUUGGUGUGUGGACUGCGGGUCAAGUCAUGGGAUUGAUUCACGAUAUCCCGACUUGCGGCGAGCUCCUCAAGCGUAUCGAGAAGGAAGCUGUGGAGGCUAUGAACCGGACCCGGUCAUUGUACAGUGACGCGCCGCAGAGCAAGCUGUGAUCAUGUUAUUUGUUUUUGAGCUUUAGUUAAUCCUGUGACUGAUUGUAUAGGAAGUAUAUUUCUAUAUCGAAGAUUCGCUUUUAAGACAAGGUGUAGUUUAAAGAAGUGUUGAUCAAGUAGCAG